AUGAGCUCGGUCCGGGACAACAACCUGAAGCUGCCUAUCCAGGAGGUCCACGAGAUGGACAGUCUGCCGAAUAAGAAAGCUUGGGACAAUGCGGCGUACGAGGGCUCCCCGCCCAGCUCCCCUUUGAAGGUGCAGACCAUCUACAAUCCCAGCUCUUUGCCCAGCAAUCCCUAUGGAUGUGAGGAACCCCCACUGUAUCCCAAGAGUAAAGCUGCGCCAGGAUGCUGCCUGACUAUAGUGAGGGGAAUUCGAGGUUUGUGGGGCACCAAACUGACUGAGAACUUGUCCAGUAAUCCUGAGCUACACAUCAGGAGAACCUUGCGUGAACUGGUAGUUUACAUAGUUUUCCUAGUGGACAUAUGUUUGUUGACCUAUGGAAUGACCAGUUCAAAUGCCUACUACUACACUAAGGUCAUGUCAAACCUCUUCCUGUCGACUGCAGUCGAUUCAGGGGUUACCUUUCAAACCAUACACAGCAUGGCCGACUUCUGGAGCUAUGCACAGGGUCCCUUGCUCAAUGGAUUGUAUUGGACCAAGUGGUACAACGGAGAUUCAUUUUCACAUGGACCUCAUUCGUUUAUUUACUACGAAAACAUUCUUCUGGGGGUCCCCCGUAUCCGGCAGAUCAAAGUGACGAAUAAUUCCUGCGUGGUUCACAAGGACUUUCAAAAAGACAUCAGUGGGUGCUAUGAUGUCUAUACAUCCGACACUGAGAGGAAAUUCUCCAUCAAGAACGAGUCUGCGUGGACAUAUUACUCAGAGUCCGAACUCGGAGGCUCUGCACACUGGGGUAAGCUAACGGUCUACGGUGGUGGAGGCUAUUAUCAAGACCUCAAGACAAAUAUGGUUGAAAGUGCUGCAAUUCUACAAAGCCUUAAGGAGAAUCUCUGGCUGGACAGAGGGACCCGUGCAGUCUUCAUUGAUUUCACCGUUUACAACGCAAACAUUAAUCUCUUCUGUGUUAUAAGGCUUGUUGUAGAAUUCCCGGCUACAGGUGGUGCGAUCCCCUCAUCACAGUUCCGUACAGUGAAACUCAUCCGCUAUGUCAAUAACUGGGAUUAUUUUAUUAUUGGCUGUGAAGUGAUCUUCUGUGUCUUCAUCCUUUACUACAUUGUGGAGGAGAUAUUGGAAAUCAGAAUUCACAAACUGCAAUACAUCAAAUGCAUCUGGAAUUGUUUGGACCUGGUGGUAAUUUUGCUCUCUCUUCUUUCGAUAGGUUUCCACAUUUUCCGUACAAUUAAGGUGAACAUCCUGAUGGGAGCACUGCUGACAGAUCCCGAAUCCUAUGCUGACUUUGAGUUCUUGGCUUUUUGGCAGACACAGUAUAAUAACAUGAAUGCUGUCAACUUGUUUUUUGCUUGGAUUAAGAUCUUCAAGUAUAUUAGUUUUAACAAGACGAUGACCCAGUUAUCUUCAACCUUAGCACGAUGUGCUAAAGAUAUCCUCGGUUUUGCGAUUAUGUUCUUCAUUGUUUUCUUCGCCUAUGCUCAGUUGGGAUAUCUUCUUUUUGGAACUCAAGUGGCGAACUUCAGCACUUUCCUCAAAUGCAUCUUCACUCAGUUUCGAAUAAUCCUUGGUGACUUCAACUUCGAUGAGAUAGAUAAUGCCAACAGAAUCUUGGGUCCAAUUUAUUUUGUCACCUACGUUUUCUUUGUCUUCUUCGUUCUGCUUAACAUGUUCCUGGCGAUUAUAAACGAUACAUAUUCUGAGGUGAAAGCUGAUCUCUCUGUUCAAAAGAGCGAACUCCAGAUUACAGACUUCAUUAAACAGGGAUAUAAUAAAGCUUUGAUGAAAAUGAAGCUGAAGAAGGAGCGAAUAUCUGAUGUGCAAAAGGCUCUUCAGAAUGGAUCCAAAAAGCUGGAUUUUGAGGAUUUCAGAAGCAAUCUAAAGGACCUGGGUCACUCUGAUGAAGAGAUCAAUGAUACUUUCUCGAGAUUUGAUUCUGAUGACAAUAAGAUACUGGACGAGGAAGAGCAGACCCGGAUGCAGAAUGAAUUGGAAGAAAAGAAGAUUGCUCUAAAUGCUGAAAUAGAAAACUUGGGAAAGAAUCUCGGGUGUCCAGACAGCUCACAGACUUUGGCCUAUAUGAAAAACAACAGCAACAAACUAAACAACGGGGUGACAGUCGAGGAUUUCCAGAUGUUGGGGCAUCGUGUUGUUCAGCUGGAACAUUCAGUUAGCAACAUUGUGUUGAAAAUUGAUGCAAUCACUGUUAAAGUUGAGACAAUGGAGAAAAACAAAGACAUGAUGGAAAAGCUGUUCAACAUUUUUCAAAAGUCCUCAUGCAGCCUAUUGGCCACUAGUAAUACCCUGAGUCAGUCUUUGCUGCUGUGA